GAUUGGGAAGAUGACCUGGUACAAUGACCUCAUAUGAGUCUAUAUAAGUGAGCCUCGUCAGGCUCCCUCAGAAUUUGGAUAUUAACCAAGGAGACUACUCGCUCUGUGUGUGAGUGCUGCAACCAUGUCACAGGCAGCUCCUGUCAAAAAGAAGCGCCCUCCAGUGAAGGAAGAAGACCUCAAAGGGGCUAAAGGAAAGCUCUCUAGCAACCAGGAAAUCAAAUCCAAAACUUACCAGGUCAUGAAACAGUGUGAGCAAGCUGGGGCGGCAGCGCCAUCUGUAUUCAGCCAAGAUCGCACAGGAGUGGAAACGGUCUUUGAUAAGCCUAAAGAAGGGCCAGCAAAAAGCGUCUUUGGCUGACUGCCAAGUUCAAGAGCUGAGCAGAAUAUUCUUUAUAUAAUACUUAAUCCCUUGUUUUGCUUUCACGUGCACCAGUCCUAUUACAGCACUGUUAACUUACUUAUUUUAAUAAUCAACCAGAAAGCUUAUAUUGCAAGAUAAGCUUUUUUUAUACAUUGUUUUGUGUUGAGGGGUUUUCUCCUUCCCUCCUCCCCACCACUAGCUGUGUUGUGUAUUAUUCAAGUUGGGUGGUAAGCACUGGGGGCAGACUGGUACAGUCAUGACCAAUUUUGUUGCAUACUUGUAUAAUGAUGGUUUCUCUUGGCAAACCCACACCCUAGUUUCAAUUGUGAUCUUAAUAUUGAUGUGCAAAACCAAUAAAUUGUGGUGAAUGUGA